AUGACUACUACCGAUGGACAGACGCGAAGUGGCCGUAGAGGCCCUUCCCGAACACUGGUGUUGCCGCAAACUUUGACAGUGAAACACCUUUCAGAACUGGUGGACCAAAGCCCUGUAGAUGUUAUCAAGCAAUUGAUGCGUAACGGGAUCAUGGUGUCUAUGAACCAGGUGAUCGACCACGAGGUCGCUUCCCUGGUAACAGCAGCAUACGGCAUUCGUACCCGAGUAGCGGAACAGGUGGCAGAGACCGGGGCACUGAAUAGUUCAACUGCUGGAGCAACAGGCAAUGCAGAAGAGCAAAAUGGCCUCGAGGCCAGGCCACCAGUGGUAACCAUUCUAGGGCACGUUGACCACGGAAAAACAAGCCUGCUUGAUUCCAUUCGGAAUGCCCACGUCGCCGACCGGGAAAUUGGCGGCAUAACCCAACAUAUCGGCGCAUACCAGGUCGAUUACGAGGGACAGAAGAUAACCUUUCUGGACACUCCCGGUCACGAAGCUUUCACCUCAAUUCGGUCCAGAGGAGCUCGAGUAACUGAUAUUGCAAUCUUGGUAGUUGCUGCCGACGAUGGCAUAAUGCCGCAAACCGAAGAGGCUAUAGACCACGCCCGUGCGGCGGAAGUGCCUAUAGUUGUAGCGAUCAACAAGAUGGACCUGCCGGGAGCGGACCCAGAGCGGGUAAAGCGCCAGUUGAGCCAGCACAAUUUGCUGGUUGAAGAUUGGGGCGGUGACAUCAUUUCAGUUCCAGUUUCUGCGCGUACCGGAGAAGGCAUAAAUGAACUGUUGGAAAACCUUCUGAUAGUUGCCGAAAUAUCGGAAUUGAAGGCGAAUCCCCACAGGCCAGCCAGCGGCGUGGUAAUUGAAGCCAAAUUGGAUCGCAAGAGGGGCCCCAUGGCCACCGUGUUAGUGCAAAGUGGCACCUUGAGCGUGGGUGACCACGUUGUUGCCGGCACAUCGUGGGGCCGGGUCAAGGCCAUCACUAAUGAUCGAGGAAGUACAAUCAAGGAAGUCGUCCCCGGGGCACCGGCGGAACUUCUAGGCUUUGGUGCAUUGCCCGAAGCGGGCGACGUCAUGACUGUCAUGCCCAAUGAGAAAACCGCUCGGGCUCUGGCUCAGGAAAGGGAACGCGCCAAGGCCAGUCAACAAUCUCAGGGGCGGGCCCUGACGUUGGAAGAAGUCGUCAAGCAGAUUGACGCCGGCGACAUUAAGGAGUUGAACCUCGUAUUAAAGGCGGAUGUCCAGGGCAGCGUAGAGGCAGUGCGGCAGUCCCUCGAGCGGCUCACUGAGGCCGAAGCACGGGUGCGAAUUUUACACGCAGGCAGCGGGAACGUCACCGAGUCGGAUAUCCUUCUGGCAAGCGCUUCUGACGCCAUCAUAGUCGGCUUCUCAGUUGGCAAUGCGAUAGGCGUCGAGAGAGUCGCCGAGCGAAUGGGUGUGGAAAUUCGCCAUUACGGCAUCAUUUACCAGAUGAUUGAUGACAUCAGACUAGCUCUGCACGGUAUGCUUGAACCCGCAUACACUGACGUUAUCAUCGGACAGGCCGAAGUCCGCGAAAUAUUCGCUUCUCGGCGGAGUGUAAAGAUUGCCGGCUGCCGAGUUGUGGACGGCAGAAUACCCAGAGGGGCUUCCAUAAGGGUGCUACGAGAGGGUGAAGUCCUUGAGGAAACUAAUAUCGCCAGUCUCCGGCACUUCCGUGAUGAAGCCAACGAGGUUACCAACGGCAUGGACUGCGGUAUUUUGCUCGAAGACUACUAUGAUUUCGAGAUCGGAGACAUCCUUCAGGCUCACCGACAGGAAAGAAGCCAGCGCUAA